GCGUCGGUCAAAGUGCGCGCAGAUGACAGUUAUAGGCUGUGCUUUCAGGCUAUGCGUUAUUGCUCGGGAGGGGGACAUUGCUGAGUCGGGCGUGGGAGUCAGCCAAUCUUUCCUAUUCUAUCUGGGUAAAUAAAGCUGACAACUAGACUACUUUAUUGCAGCGUCCACCACAGACAGUCUCGGGCGUCUUGCUGCGUCUAAAACUUUGAAUUGUGCCUCCUCGCUGAGGAAAUAGCCUAUGGGCGAACAGCACUUUAACCCGCUCGAAGAACGACGGACGGACAACGCGCAUCAUCGCGAAAUAUAGGCGGUUUGUGCAGACGCAGGCAGCAUGUCCGCCCCCACAGACCCAGAGGUGAAGGAGCUGAACCCAGUCGACUUCAUCCAGCUACAGCAGUACAUUGACUACUGCAGGCUGAAGGUUAAAGAUGUGCUGAGGGAAUUUGAUGCAGAUGGCAGUCUGGCCCAGCACAGACAUGGAGAGUGUAUCAAUGAGGAGGGCUUCCGUCUCUUCCUGAAGACUUAUCUGGAGGUGGAGGACUUCCCUAAGGAUCUCUGCCAGCGCCUGUUUCAAUCCUUCCAGAGCGGAACUGAACCUGAUGGGCAGGACAAUGCUAAAGAGGUAUUUUUGAAGGACGUUUCGUGUUACUUCUCCCUGUUGGAGGAUGGCCAGCCCAGAGACAAGCUGGAGUUUGCUUUCAAACUGUACGACAGAGAUGGCAAUGGAGUCCUUGACAGCUCUGAGGUGGACCGGAUCAUUGCUCAGAUGAUGCACGCUGCAGAUUACCUUGGCUGGGAUGUGUCUGAGCUGAGACCAGUGCUGAAGGACAUGAUGAUGGCUAUUGACGCAGACAGCAGUGGCACGGUCUCUCUGGAUGAGUGGGUGGAGGGAGGAAUGAACAAUGUCCCCCUGCUGGUGUUACUGGGUCUGAAGAUGACUCAGAAGGAUGGGCAGCACCUAUGGAGGAUGAAGCAUUUCAACAAGCCUGUCUACUGCAAUGUGUGUCAGAGCAUGCUGCUAGGACUGGGGAAACAGGGGCUUUGCUGCACCUGCUGUAAAUACACAGUCCAUGGACGCUGUGCCAACAGAAACCCAGCUCCCUGUACCAGGACCUAUGUCAAGUCUAAGAAAGACACAGGGGUUCCAACCCAUGACUGGGUCAGUGGGAACUGUGACUCUGGGAAGUGUGACAAGUGUCAGAAGAAGAUAAAGAGUUAUCACGGACUGACGGGAAAACACUGUGUCUGGUGCCACUCCCUGCGCCAUGAUGACUGUCUCUCCCAGGAGCCCUCUGACUGUAACUGUGGAACUCUCAGAGACCAUAUCCUCCCCCCCUGGGCCAUCUACCCUGUUAUAAAGGAGAGGCCAAACAGCAUGAAGAGCUGCUCCUCGAGCUCAGCCGACGACAGUGACCCCAACACCACUCCUGAUGGACAGGUGCUUCAGAUUAAUCCGGUCCCAGACACUCAUCCUCUGCUAGUGUUUGUGAACCCUAAAAGUGGAGGCAAGCAGGGAGAAAGAGUUCUGCGUAAAUUUCAGUAUUUGCUGAAUCCACGGCAGGUGUAUAACCUCUCCAAUGGUGGACCUGGACCAGGGCUGUGCUUCUUCAGAAAUCUGAAGGAUUACAGGAUCUUGGUUUGCGGAGGGGACGGCACUGUGGGCUGGAUACUUGAUGCCAUAGACAAAGCCAAUCUUCAAGUGCGGCCACCUGUGGCUGUGUUACCCCUGGGCACAGGAAAUGACCUUGCGCGUUGUCUUAGAUGGGGAGGAGGUUAUGAUGGGACAGAUCUGUGUCGGAUCCUGAAGGAGAUCGAGGUCAGCACCCCGGUGCUGAUGGACCGCUGGAAUGUAGAGGUGAUCCUAGAGGACCCCCAGGAGACGGGAGACCCUGUGCCUUAUGAGAUCAUCAACAACUACUUCUCCAUCGGAGUGGAUGCCUCUAUUGCCCACCGUUUUCAUACGAUGAGAGAGAAACACCCCCAGAAAUUCAACAGCAGAAUGAAGAACAAGUUGUGGUACUUUGAGUUUGCCACCUCGGAGACCAUCUCUGCUUCAUGCAAGAAACUGAAUGAAUGUCUUACAAUUGAGUGCUGCAGCACCCCAUUGGACCUGAGUGGCCUUUCUAUGGAGGGGAUCGCUGUCCUCAACAUUCCCAGCAUGCACGGUGGAUCCAACCUGUGGGGAGAAGCCAAGAAGAGUGAAUGCAAGUGCUUGAGGAAUCCUCAGGAAAUGCCUAUGGUUAUUGUUGACCCUGAAGUCCUGAAAGUCAGUGGACAAGACCUCAGUGACCGGCGUUUGGAGGUGGUUGGCCUUGAAGGGGCCAUGGAGAUGGGACAGAUAUAUACAGGACUCAAGAGUGCUAUACGACUAGCAAAAACCUCCCAGAUCACAAUCAGGACUAAGAAACCUUUACCAAUGCAGAUAGACGGAGAGCCCUGGAUGCAGCCACCCUGUACGAUUCACAUCACACACAAGAACCAGGCCAGUAUGCUGAUGGCUCCCCAGGGCCGGUCCAGCUUCUUCAGCUCAAAGUAGUAGCCUGCUCCCUGGCUACAAACUGUGACAUGGCUGGCCUGUAUGCACUUGCUUAUUAUUAUACAUUUUGUUAAAGGCCCAGUGCAGUCAAAUGUAAUUUUCCUGUGUUUUAUAUAUAUUUCCUCACUGAGGUUGGAAUAAUAUUGUGAAAAUUAUUAUAAUGUCCUUUUAGUUUAAGAGCUGUUUGAAGAGACUGCCUGCAAUUUCAGCCUGUUUUGGUGUGAUGGAGUUUUGGCCAUCCAUGGUGACAUCACCAUGCGGUAAAUGAGUGAAUAGACCGAUAAGAAAGAGUUCCAAACCUCUCUGUCAGUGCCAAUAGAUGUGGUAAAGAGGUCAAUGGAAGUUGACCAAAACAAGAGAAAUGCCAUGGAAACACGUGGGGGGAAAGAUCCCGACUCUCCCCAUUGCCCCCCCCAGCAAAAUUACCCUACAUUUAGGUUAUUGUUUAUAUGUGUAUUUCACACUAUGUUGAGGUAGAAAUCGGCGUAUAAUGCUUGUAUGGAUGUCAACCCCAAUACAUGUUCAUGUCACCAAUCAACUGCAUUAUAGUUGAAAACAACUUUGAUUACCACCACCAAUUUCUGUAUGCUAGCUAUACUUCCAGCUUAUACCAACGGGAGUUAGCAUUUAGCAGUCACUUCUUCUAAACCUGAAAAGGCACAACUUAUUGAUGUUAUGUAGCUAAAACUUAUCAAAAUCAGACUUCAGUAAACACAUUGUGUGUAGGGUGAGUUCCAAGCUGCCUCUGGAAGCAACGUCAGAACAAUAACUGUUCGUCAGGAGCUUCAUGAAAUGGGUUUCCAUGGCCGAG